CCCUGGGUACAGCUGGUGAUGUGGUGAUGGUCCAAGGUGAGAAAUGGAGGAAAAGUGCUUUCAGAAACAAUAAGGGAAAAGGAAUAUGUGCAAGAGAGCUGAGGUCAAGGGAGGAAAGCACUUCUGAUGAAGGACAGAGGUGAUGAGGGGUGGUCACCAGGAGGCUGUGAGGAGACACGUGCUCUCUCUCCUUCACAAGGCAGUGCCUCCCGUACUAAGGUUGCUUCUGUGUUUUGGAGGUUGAGCUGAGGCAUUUUCCUAUGAAAGUCAACGUGUCUGCAUGGAGCUGGCUCCAGACAGAGAAAACUGAUGUUUGGUGGCGCUUAGUGCUGGUGGCACUUUGCCCGUCAACACCGGGUCCCAGACAGCAGACGACUGCUGCAGACAUCUGGGAUCACAGGCACAGGUUGGGGCAGGUGUGUGUGUGGGGUUAGGGCCCACGUCAGCUCUCUGGGGCCCUGUGAUUUCACCCCAGAUGUUCUCCACGCUGCUGCUGCUGGCAGGCUCGGCACUUCCCUGUCUGGCUGGAACGGGAGCAGGACGUGUGCUCACCACCACGCCUGGCUCUCCCCAUCCCUUUCCACAGAGCAUCAUAGAGGGCCUUCCUCCAUGUCCUGAGUUAACAUUGCCUGGAGGUGGCACACCUCUCUUGUCCCUGGACCGAUGCCUUCCAGCAGCGGAGCUCAUCCCUAGAACAGCGAGUGAUUUUUCCUAUUAAAGGCGGUGCUGUCUGUUGAAUUAUCCCAUGUAAAAUACUUGACACUGUGUUUCUUGGCUGGAGGGAGGCUGUCAUUAGCGCCAGGGAAAUGCCAGCUCCCAGCUGAGGCUGCAGUAGUAAAUCCUGGAGACUAGAGCUGGCUGCACUGCUCCUAGCACCUCCUUCCAUCUCCUUCCCAAGCAAGACAUUGAGGGAGGAGGGUAAUAGGGGCUGCUAGGACCUCUAUCAGCUAACCUCACUGCUGCAACUCAUCGUGCUGCUUGUACAUGAGCUGUUGUUCUCUGUUUGAACCUUCUCACAUGCACAUCCCCCAUCAUCCUCCUCCAUGUUGCCUCCGAGCUGCUUUUGUUGGUGGUUUUCCCCUCAGCUGUGUGGACAACCUCCUUGCAAGGAGUCUCCCUGCAGCCCCCAUGCAGUUUCUAAGCUCCAGGAGGUGAGGGGUGCAGGGGGUUAAUUAUUUGGUUUGUCUGUUUCAAAAGGACUAGGAGGAGUGGUAGGAAAUGUGCAGUGCUGGAAAAAAGCCUGAGCUGAGCUUUCAAGCAUCCCUGUGCUGCUGGGACUCUGUUCUAUCUGAUCCAGCUAAGUUCAGGUCACUCAGUUGGUUUAAUUUCUGCUGAACAGGGUGGCUUCAGAGCUUCUCCUCCCACAGAAAGUGGUCCCAGGAGGGCUGCUCUUGCUGACGUGGCUCUAGCAGCCAGUAUGUGCCAUGGAGAGCCCAUCUGGGGCUUGGGUUUGUUGUGUUGGGAUGCCUGCGUUUGGCUUUUGGGAUUACAGCAGGGUGUACAUUUGGGGCAGAGGAUGAUGAUGCUCGUGUUGGUGUGCAGAGAGGUAUGCUGCCAGGUGCUGUGGCAGCUUGAAAAUAGAGCCAAGGUUGUAUGGCCUGAAACCAGGGCACCUGGAGGCAGUUCCUGAGCCUGAGAGCUGUAAGGUGCUGGUGGUGGUGAUUUCAGGCAGACCAUUGGAACCAUGCUCAGUGCCUGCAGUCUGUAGUGUAGCUGGGGACAUGGAGGGAUACCAUUAAAGCACACGGUGUUGACCUUCUCUUUUCACUUCCAGCGCCCCAGCAGAGGAGAUUGGGUCCCAAUUGACGGUCUGAAUUGACAACACUGAAGGGUGCAUUUGAGCAAGUCAAACACAUGGCUCUGUUAGAUUUCUUUUCCUUCCUUCUUUAGUGUUUUAAUUCAGCCUCUGUUGUCUGUAUCUCCAGCUUUUUAGAUGCAGUAAAUCUGAGUGGUCACAGAUUGGAUUCAGCCUCUUUGCUGAAGCAAAAAUAUUGUGUUCUAAUCCUUUCCUGUAAGGAUGACAAUUGGAACAGUUUAGGUUUUCAUUCCCAGAGGUGUUCCCUUAUCCACUCUGAAGGUGUAUAAGGAUGUCAGUGCCAGAACUGCUUCACUUUGCAGCUGAAUUCAGCAAGUACAAAAGCAAAGAAGGGAGCAUUCCCACAGUCUUUGUCUCCAUCAAACAGUGGUCACUGCCUUUGGGGUCAUCAGCUCGAUAGGUCUGGAGUUAUAUUUGGGAUUUUGGUGUUUGAGAUCACAUUUAUUCAAAGAAAAAGAAAUCCCAACAAUCAUCCUUUGUUCUUGGGUGGAAAUUGAGCAAAUGUUUUCUCCAUCAGUGCAAGCCCAACUGUAAAAGCCAGAGCUUCCUAGAACUAAGCUUCUUUCCAACCGGCUCUGCUGGCUCCAGUAGCUCUGCUCCUUCCAGCCAAGGCCAUUCACACAGACUGUGGGCCACUGCCCAGGUCUCAGCGGCUGCUCCCACAUGCGAUCUUUUGGCCUCAGUGCUUUGGUCCAUCCUCAGACAGUCGAGGUGUCCGGCCAGGCUGCAUGUCUCAGGCUUUGCUAUCAGUCUGGGAGCGAAAACUGAGCUCAGACUGCUGGACCUCUGUGGAUAACAAGCUCUGUUUUCACUUUCUCUCUUCUAUUAUUUUUUUCCUCUUGGAUGCUAAAACCGAAAAUUGGACUGAUUCAGCAGUCAGUGACUGCAGCUAGGGUUUGGCUUUGACUGAAGCAGUCUCAGUAUCCUCUCUUAAAUCAGGUGGUGGGGUCUUUCUCUGUGUCUCCUGGGUGCAGCCACUCGAAUAGCGAGGAGCCCAUCUCCAAGGAGCAGGGCUGUGUUGGCCAUUGGUCGCUCACUGUGUUGGGUACCAUUGAGGAAUCAGAAACAGCAAGGCCUGGAGAAACUCAUUGCUGCAGCCACCAGCGGCCAUAGAGACCCAGGUUCUAAUUUCUGGCUCUUCCAGUAGCCUAUGCCAUGACUUUAAGCAAGUGUUCUUAAGCUGGUCCCUUGAAACUGCAGAUCUCUGCAUGCUGUUUCCCCCUUUUACAAAAAGGACUGCCUGUGCCUUUCUCACUCCCCCGUGGGGAGCUGCAGCGUGUAAUUAACACGCAGACCCAUCAUUUUGGGUGACCAGGCAUGGCGAUUAUUUUUUUCUCCUUUUUUAGGUUUUGUGCAGACACAACAGGAAGUGAAUCUGCUGCUGCGCGGUAGAGCGAGGCGAUAGCAGUGGGGUCAGGAUUAACUCUUUGGGGCCCCUUGGGGGUGCACAUUCACCUGCCAGCAGGAGUGCUUGCCCUUCUGGGCUGGACACCACCAUUUUGGAUUGGAUACCACAGAUGGACCGUUGGACUCUUUGUAGCCCAAGACCCUAGCCUUUCAAAUCCCUGAAGACUCACCCCAAAAGGAGCUGGGAUUCUUUGCAGCUGGAAUCUCAUCCAUCUGGGGUUUCCAAACCUCCCCUUACAGACUUUCAUGCUUUUUUCUCCUUUUGCUCCUAUGGUAAAUACCUCACUUGAUGUCUUCCAGGACACCAUUUGCCUUUUUUAUCACUGUCGCGCUGGCAACUGAUAGCCCUGAACUAAUGCGUCUGGGACCUCCUGCCACUUCCAGCAGCAAAGGAGCAGAAACUGCUAAAUUCCAGCACUGCAAAAUUAAAUUCUUCUUAUUUCUCGCUUCCCUGGUCCAGGACAAAGCUUCCAUUUCCCUGCUCUGUGUUUCAGUCUUUCUCUGCCAUGGCAGACUUUCUCAAUGCUUUGUCUGUCGUUGGUAUCAUUCUGUUUUUAUGCCAAGCCUGUUCCUGGAGUAUUGAUCCCAGAGGUGAUUUAGGAGAUGUUAUGCUAGAAAUCUACCUCCUGUCCAGCAUUUCCCCUUCAAGCAUUGCUUGCCUUCCAGCUGCUUCUAUCCAUUACAGUUCCCCUUUUCAACUUCUUCUCUGUUCUGAAGUACAUAUUUCCUGUGGCAUACUGUAUCUUGUGCUGUACGUAUAUCUGGGUGACUAUCUGCCACGUAUGCUCAAUCUGCAGGAACCGCUUAUGUUAUUGAUACCUCAAGUUGCAUGGGUAUGAGCUGCGCUCGGUGACUGCCGGGCUACAUUUUAUUCCUCUUUCCAGUUCUGCACCCCCAUUUUUAAUCGUUUUCUUUCCAUCAGACUCUUUCCUUUAGCCUCGGUAAUGCUGAUGUCAGACUGAUGGGCUUGUUGCUUCCUGAAUCCUGUCUCCCAGCCAAAAUCUUAAAUUCAGGCGCUGGAUUUGCUGCUGUGGACAUUGAGAACCUCCCUCUGUAAUUAAGAGUCUGCAGCCAAAAGAGCGAAUUCCUUCCCUUGUGCUUCUAGAAGGCUGGGAUGGGCACGAUCCAGUUUCUGCUCAGCUCACACAUGACUGCCUGCCUUCAUAAUCAGCUAAUGCACCUAAAUAGUUACAGCUUUAAAAUCCAUUCUUUUUUCCAAAGAAAACUGGCAAGUCAUAUAAAGCCCAGAUCCUGCUGUGGUAUUGAUGUCACACCACUGCAAAAGAAUGGCUUUGGUUUUGAUGGGCUAGCAUAAAAAUCCGGGCUGUAGGGGAAAGAGAGAGAGGGAGAGCGUUGUCUUUCCAAGCUCCAAAGGAAAGACUAAAAGUGCAGGAGGCUCCAAAAUGAGCUCCUUUUCAACCUCUUCUCAUUCCAUGAUUUCUGGCCAGUGUUACUGCUUUAGCAUGGGAUUUGAUGCUCUGACACUGCUACCCUCUUGCUUCAUACUUUGAAGCUGCAAAGGACGAAUGUAAUACUUCCUUCUGGCUGUCCCAGUGAAAAGCAUUUCGGAUUCGGAUGAGGGAUGUAUACGGUCUUUGUACCCAAAUGGUGAUCCAGUGGUUGCUUGGGAUUGACGUUUUGUCCCCUUUAGAAAUGGGAUAUGCUUUGGCUAACUGACGUCUCUGCUUACGGAUGCAAUUACAGCAGUGCUAAAUUUCUGUGGAUUACCAUUGCGUGUGGUGGAAUCCAGGAGCCUCAGUAACAAGCUAUGAAGUCAGGAGGACAGCCAGCAUGCAGAGAUGUUGGCAGCUCCCCUGUGAUGGAAGAUCCUGCUGUACUCAGGGCCCUGGUGCCAAAAUGCAGCACAAACCAUUAACUUGCUCUGAUGAUACUCCCUCCUCAACACUGUCAUAUAUAUCAGUAUUCCUUGGCCAUCCCAAACUGCUUGGAGUCCCAGGAGCAUCCCAGGGAUGGGUAACAGAUGGUACAGGGGAUGAGCAGACUCCAUUUCCAUGAACUGCCUCUUGCAGACCAGGCUGUAUCCCAAACCUAAUGAAAGAGACAGGCACAGAUGAAGACAAGCCUUUCCCCUGCAUGUUUGGUUUCCUCUCCAGCUGUGCAGUUCAGCCUGCUGUAGAUCUGUGGAGCUCAGUUUUCUUAAGGUGGGCUGUUGCCUGCUUGGGCUGAGUGGUAUAGGGACAGGAUGGGGAGAGACCUCAUUAUGGGAUUGCAUGACAAGGUGGUCAGGAUGGGUGAGAAGGCUUUUGUGUUCAAACUGGGAUUUUGAGCUGGGUGAGGAGCACGAGCCCACACUGCUCUGAGCCGUGCCGGUGUGAGCUGUGCAGUUUGUAGCACCUUCACGUCACCCUGAGCUUGUUUAUGUCCCUUGUCAGAAAAGUUUUGGAUGAUGCACGAGGUAACCUUGAAAACAAACGCCUCCACAUUGCCUUUGCUAAAGAUAGAAGCAGCGCAUGCGGUGCCCACACUGUUAACUCUGACCCGUUUGAGUUCAUUGCUCUUUGCUCACAGCUGGGAGAUGCAGGCAGCAAGUUCAGUCCCAUUCCUUUCAACUUGCAGAAAGCUGAGCUGGAAAAUCUGAAAUGGGACCUGCUGGGUUCAGUGCCCCCAGCCCAGGCUGUGAAUGUUGGGUCCUCCGCUUGUCUCUCGUUAGCACUGAGGCCAUUUCCCUCUCCUGUGGGGUAACUGGUACAAGGCAACGAGGAAGGAACAGCUCCACACUGAGUCAUGCUGUGACCCGUGGUGCCACAAGAAGCGUUCUUUCCCGUGUCAAACACGCUGGUGAUGAAAUCAUGUGAGUUCAGCCAGGCAUUUCCCCUAAUUACAGCCUGAAGGAGUGACGCUGAGCUUACACCGGGUGACUGUGCUUUGGAGCAGUUUUCAUGUAGGCAAAAUGUAAGCACGUGAAAAACAAGGGGGAAUUUGGAAGCAAAAAGCCUCGGUGUUAGAAACUUUCAUGUUAACAGAAGCCGCGUGAGUGAUGCCUGGCUCUGCCUGUAGGUUCCUAUGUGGACAUGGAUCCCACUGUUCUCAGCUGCAGAAAACAGGGCUAUGAGGACAGCCUGGCAGGGGAAGGCCGGUCGCAGCCCACUCCAGGCCCUGUAUGAGAGCGAUCAGUUUGAACAGUCAUCACUGCAGGCGGUUCACCAGCAGCGACGGGAGCUGUUGAGCAACGUCUGCAACCGUUACACCCGCAAGCGGCGGCUGCUGCGGCCGGAUGACUUGCGGCACUUGGUGGUGGAUGACACGCAUGGGCUGCUCUACUGCUACGUGCCCAAAGUGGCCUGCACGAACUGGAAGCGGGUGAUGAUGGUCCUGACGGGGCAGGGCAAGUACCGGGAUCCUCUGGAAAUCCCUGCCAACGAGGCCCACGUGUCGUCCAACCUGCACACGCUCUCUGAAUACAGCAUCCCCGAGAUCAACCACCGCCUGCGCAGCUACCUCAAGUUCAUCUUUGUGCGGGAGCCCUUCGAGCGCCUGGUCUCGGCCUACCGCAACAAGUUCACCCGCAGCUACAACACGGCCUUCCACAAGCGCUACGGGACCAAGAUCAUCCGGCGGCACCGGCAGGAGCCCAGCGACAGGGCGCUGGAGCGCGGGGAUGAUGUGCGCUUCGAGGAGUUCGUCUACUACCUGCUGGAUCCGCGGACUCAGCGGGAGGAGCCCUUCAAUGAGCACUGGGAACGCGUGCACUCGCUCUGCCACCCCUGCAUCGUCCACUACGACGUGGUGGGCAAGUACGAGACCUUGGCCGAAGAUGCCAACUACAUCCUCCAGCUGGUGGGCGCCGACACGAGUGUCAAGUUCCCGUCCUCGUCCAAGACCACGAGAACCACGGACGACAUGACGGCCCAGUUCUUCCAGGACAUUAGCCCCUUCUACCAAAGAAGACUCUUUAAUUUAUACAAGAUGGACUACUUGCUCUUCAACUACUCCAUCCCCUCUUACCUCCGCAUCCGAUGAGGCAGGUGCUGGGGAGAGGUGGGGGACAGCUGGGUACUUCUCAUCUUGCCACAGCUCCUCUCAUCCCACCCUGUGCUCAUCUCUUCGUUCUUCCCAUGCCCUCUCUAUUACACUCUGUUCUGUGUAUUUCAUUCAGGCACAGUUUGGAGGGAGAACACCCCGCAGAACACUGGGGCUGGAGUUUCUUCUUCCCCUUCCCUCCCCCACCCCUCGACUUUGGCACUUGUCAGUGGGUACAGAGAAGCUGCUGGCUUUGAGGGCUUGCCUUGGCUGGGGAUUUUCUUGUGACUAAGAGAUUCCUCUGUAUAUCCAAGACUUGGGAAGGGUCCUUUUUUGGGCAGGAUCCCUUUGGGUGUUUCUCCUCCUCACUGGGCUGUUCGGGGUCAGCCUGGGGAGCAGGAUGGAGCUUGUCAGAGAUUUACAUAGGACCAGAAAUAAAGCAGUAAUUUAAGUUUUUCUUGUUCAUUUCAAAUUGCUCCCACCUUCUUUCUGCCUUCUCCUCCCUCCAUCCCGGCUUCCUGAGCCAUCUCUACUGCUGGGGAUGGCAGCAAUGUAAGCUGCAUUUGGCUCUGAUGAAGCCUGGAGGGCUUUUUGUACCUCUUCUUCCGUGUGCUCACAGCUGGGAUACAAAAUGGUGUGAACGGAGAGAAAGAAGCUGAUCUGCAGCUGGUAUGAGUGACACAGAUAGAGCAAUUUCUCCUGAACGACAGCAGCAGAGCCAUCAAUCUGUGCGUAUGUGCAUCUGGAUUUCUGGUUAAGUCCAAUAAAUCCAGGUUCCAUUUUUUUUUCUUCUUAAUUAUUUAAAAACAGGUGUUAAUUGUUCUGCAAAGCCAUACAUCCAACACAGGUGCAGGUACACCCACUUGGCAUGAAGGGAUGGAGGAGGUGAUGCUGCAUUGGGAAGGCUGGAGGAGGGUGUAUGUAAGCGAGUGUGUGUGAGAGAGUAUUUAUGCAUGUGCCUCAGAAAAAAAUAGAAUUAAAAAUGGGGAUGGAGACACCUAGAGGAAAAUUCCCCUUUGCUUGGCUGGCUUUGGACAAUUCACUCCUUGAAGAAGAAACAGGAGGGGUGGGGGGGAGAACACAAGCAAAUGGCAAACCCAGUCCUGGGGUUUUAAGUUCAAGCCAGUCCUAGGAGCUCUAUUUCUUUAAAACCAUAUUUAAAAACUCUUUUCUGUUCAGCCCUGGCUAGGUGGCUGCCUUUGUAAAUAAACACAGCAGUAAUAGAAUUUGCUGUAGUGUGUCUGCUGCCCAGCUGCGAGCACUUGACUUAUUAGUGCAAUACAAUGGAGGUUUUAUAAAGCCCCAGUGUGCUCAGACUGUUUAAAAAAAAUAAUGUUUUCAUCCAACAACUUUCGGCUGUUAUAUCUUAACCUUUUUUUUUGCUCUCUGCCUCUGAUCUGUACCUUUCUGCUGACAUUUCUUCCUUGGUUAUGCUGUUUAGAGAGUGGGUUUAGCAAGCAUUGAAAGAGAAAAGGAAAUAGAAUUGCUGGUGAUGGUGGCAGCCUGCGUGGUUCUCCCAGAGCUGGAGGUCUCUUGCUGUAAUGGCCUUUCUGGAGAUGAAUCUCAGAGAACAGAAACAGCUGUUGGGAUGCUGCAGAUGUCAGCAUUUGGGUUCAGAGUGUAUUCCUUCUGUGUUCUCAGGAGUCUUGCAGGCCCUGGUUAGUGCUGCCUGGUGUUGGAAAUGAAAUCAUAGUUGCCAUCACCACAAGCUUCUGGUCAUUGGGAGUCAGUCAGCAUCACAAAGGAACGGGGUUUUGGAUGAAUUUGUGUUCUUGAAUACUGUGUUCUGCAGGUAGCUGGUGGCACGUUUGUCCCUGCCACUUGACAUAGCCUGGUUCCUGUGGUGCUGCCUCUGGGUUGCAGCUGGCUGUGACAGCAGGGAGCCAGCAACCAGGCUUUGUCCCUCUGUUGGUGACAGUUUGGAGCUGGUGCUGGCUGGGGUGUCCCUUCCUUCUGCAUCCUGUCCCCGGCAUCCCAAGCAUAUCCAGUGAGUCCCUGCCUUACCCAGUAGGGCUGCGGCCUACCCGUUGCAUUCUGUGGCAUGCUGUCUUUGGGCUGAUGUGUUCGGAUUAUACCCAUUUCAGGGCUUUUUGUAGAGAAAACAGUUACAAUCCACUGCAUUUAGGUCACAUCCUCAGCCUUCCUCAUGCCUAAACAUCACUUCCCAAAGCACAGCAACAUGACAAUGACAGAAAAUGGGAGUGUGGAGCAGGUGGUGAUGGAGCAAGGAGGACACCGUGUGACAGGAGGGGACAACUGCAGGCGUGACACCUGUGGGACUUCGUGCUCACAUCCAGUUCUCUGCAUGGCUUCUAUUUUUAAUUAUCUGUUUUCCUGCAUCCCUUCUUCUUGCCAGAUGAGAAAUUAGCAAGGUGAUUGGAUGAGAAGUCAUGGCCUUAAGCUGCCCCAGAGCAGGCUCAUGUUGGAUAUUUGGAACAUUUUGUUCUCCAAAAGAGUGGUGAUGCAGUGGCACAGCUGCACAGGGAGUGCUGGAGUCACUGUCCCUGGAGAUGUUACAGAACCACGGAGAUGUGGCACUGGGGGAGGUGGUUAUGGGCAUGGUGGGGGUGGGUUGGGGUUGGACUCGGUGAUCUUAGUGGUCUUUUCCAGCCUUAAUGAUUCUGUGGUUCUCUACCUCUUCUCUACAUAGGGCUGGGAGCAUAACCCUCAGUGUUGCUGCACCAGGGCAGCGAUGGGUCAAGGCAGGACGGGCUGUGGCCAGGGGACAGCUGUGGGCUGAGCUGCCAAGGUCACCCCAGCAGUGGGAGCCCAAAGACUAACAGAGUAAAUCAAGUGAGCUGUGAUAAUCGCACAUGGCUUGGCCUCAGGCAAGGAACAACCUUGCAAACUCUCUUUGAACCCUCCCUUCUGCAACUCCCCCAUCAAGUGCCUAUUAAAAAUUAAUAAUUAAAAACCAAGAACCAUGAAGCAGCAUUCAGACCUCUGAGUCACAGCUGAGAUGUGGCAGUGGGGUUUGGUGUGAGGCUUGGGAGCUGCAGGGAUGCAAAAAUAAAGAACAGCAUCACCUUUAUACAUGUCUGUGUGCAUGCACACGUAUACAGUGUAAAUAACAAUUCUUUUAUAAUGUAUAAUAGAAUUAUUUCAAAUAAUUGUAAUAUUUAUAUGUUAAUACAUGGACUAUAUGUAAUAAGUAUGUGCAAAAAAAUUUGUUACGAGAAUAAUUAAAUAGCAAAUAUGAUUGUA